AUGACCACUCCUAGAUCACUACCGGAGCAGCCGCCGAUGACAGUUCUUACCAACCUGGACCAGAAGAGUAUUCCUCUCGCCUCCAUAACGAGCAUCGAAGCUAUAGAUCUCGACCUCAAUCCUCCGAGCGUGGUCGAAGAACACGGACAUGAAGGAAGCGUUGCUGUCAACAUCGAGAAAGCUUCCAUCUCCAAUCCACGCACCUCGUAUCCAGCCCAACCACACGAGCGGCCACCACAUUCGCCAUCCUCAUACUAUCCCUGGCUCAUAGUCUCACCCUACACCGAACCAAGCCACCAACUCAACCUCACAACACUUGACCUUCAAAACCAGCUCCUCGCCCAAACACUUGCCCUGCUCUCCACGGCAACUCCCAACUACGCAACAACCCCUUACCACAAAGCUCUCAACUGGCCCAUCGUCUUUAACAAGCUCAAACAUCUCUGCUCAGAGCAGAACCACAACUGGACCAAGACCGAAUUCUACGCCGUCGAGUUCAGAAGCAAGCUCAAAGAAGGCAUAGACGACGACUUACUGUUCAGACUCGACAAAGAGAGCCACAGAGAGGCCACUGCUAGUGGUGGAUCUUUGAAGUACUGGUUCGGGGUGCCCGACCUGGAGAGACGGAAUCUAGCGACUUGUCUCUGGCGUAGCAGAGAGGACGCCGUCUAG